CACACACUUUAACAUUCUUCUCUUAUAAUUUCUGAGUAGCAUCCAUCAAAACUGCUCAUAAACAUGGUUCUGCAUGGUAAAAUUGGGACUGAAAUAGAAAUCAAGGCACCAGCUAACAAGUUGUAUAACACCUUCAAGAGCGCCCACCUCAUCCCAAACAUUUCUACUGCCCAUAUCAAAGGAGUUGAUGUUCAUGAAGGAGACUGGGAAACACACGGCUCUGUUAAGAUUUGGAAAUAUGAACUAGGGGACCAUGUCGGGAUAUUCAAGGAACAGGUGGAGCUAGACGACGAGAACAAGGCCGCAACUCUGAUUGGAUUGGAAGGAGAAAUGUUCAAGUAUUAUAAGAGAUUCAAGGCUGUCUACCAAUUCACUCAAAAAGAUGAAGGCAAGGGUAUUGCAAACCUGUGGAUCGAAUACGAGAAACUGAACGAAGAUGUUGAAGCUCCAGAUAGAUACAUCGGUUUGAUGGUUAACCUUGUCCAGGAUCUUGAUGCUCACUUUCUCGGGGCAUAAAUGAAUUAAUUAAUGUAUAAAACCAUAUGGGCAGCAUAUGCAACGGUUGGAAAGAGCUUUUACUGGUCUUGUUAAACGUAGUUAUAUGUAAUCAUGCAUGCAUUUGUUCAUCAAUGCGUAAGUGCAUAAAUAAGAUGCUUUUCUUAAUUAUGUAUGUGUGUAUUGUGAGAAAUGUACAAAGGGAUGUCAUAUAUAUGGAAUAGCUAUGUGAUAGAUUAUGGUUAUGGAUCGCAUCUAUGAAAUAGAUAAGUCUUUGUUGAUUUCUCCCUGAA